AUGAGCCUAGAUAUGGCGAGCGGUGUCUGGGCGAUCCAGAGGACAGAGCGUGCGAAGUUGAUUUCAGCUUUCGUCUACCAAAUCGGACACUUUCAGUGGAUCCGGAUGCUUUUUGGACUCAAGAACGCACCGUUAGUGUCAGGAGUUUCUGAAGUUGACGUUCCAGACCCUGAGCCGAUGACCGAGAACCCUCAUGACAAAGGUGGUUUCAGACUUCCGGUGCUAAUGAAUGAGUCGACACUAUUCAGGAGCAACAUUCCGACGCCGACACAGAUGGGACCGGUCCUGGGACGAAGUACUUACAUUGAUGACAUAGCUCAUGGAGAGCCUACCUGGAACCAACUCUGCGAGGAUCUGAACGCUCUGCUGUUACGACCCCGGCAUUGGAAUAUUUCGGUCAGUCUCCCGAAAAGCAAGUUCGGUAAACCGGCCAUUGCCAAGAGCGUUCAAGAUCUAACGUUUCCAUCGAGUCUGAAGCCCAUUCGGUCGUUCCUGCGACGUCUGUACCACUACAACAAGUUUAUGGAGGAUCAACCUGUUGUUGCGGCUACGAUUUACGAUAUGGAUGACUGGGUUCGCUUUGAACGCUAUCUAGAUAAGGCCAAACCGUUUGACAUCAUCCCACAUGCCAACCCCCGGGGGGUCUGUGCUGUCCUGGGUCAGGAACGUGAAGGUAUCAUCCAACAAGUGUUACCGAUUUAUUUAAAGAAGCUCAAGGACUAUUACUGGGGUGACUUGGUGAACUAUAUGCGGAAAGAAGUCAAGAAGAUUGCGAAGGGCUCAGACCGAUAUGUUUUGGACUCUAGUGAUGUUCUUUAUCGUUUGGCUAUGCCUACUCUGGAAGGUCCCAGGGACAAGUGUUCUGAACUUCGCCAAGUUGUACCGGAAGUUUUUGCGACCAGACAUCCUACAUCACGCUCACGAAGAUUUCCAGAGUGGCCACCAAUGCAUUACCAGAACGUAUUAGCAUUUCCGUUGAGCGUUUUCUGGAUCGAGAUAUUCGAGAAUGCCGAGAUGUUUGUCAAAGGAUGA